AUCCAUUUCCCGACGGACGGCGGUCGUGCUGUUACGUUCGCUAAAAAACACACACCGUGGCGACGACGGCGCUACCGAUUAAUGCAGCGCACAUAAAAAAUAUUAUUUUUAAACGUUUAAAUUUAACUGUUUCUUUGCUUACGAAUUAUAACUCAUUAAUCGUUAUUAGUUAUUAAUAUUUUCCUUCAUAUUUCUACGUUUUCGGUUUCGGUGACAUUCUCCACACCUCCUUGGUAAGAGGUGAGAGGCAUCUACUACGAGUGACACAGUGAGUGAGUCGCCGGUCAUUGUCGACUGCGGAAUGACAGACAAACUCCCCGGGAUUGAUUAAUAAAAAUAUUUGAUGCAUUACAAUCAUUAAAAAGAAAUCAUGGAUUCUAGAGAUAGUGAUGAUAUGAAGGUUGAACCAUCUAGUCCUAUACGAAAUACAAAUCCAUUUAGUCGAUCCAGUAGUGGGAGUUCCCUACAUGCUGGAAAUCAUAGUAGUAGUAGUGGUCAUGAAGAUGACGACAGUGAAGAAAAAGGUUCACCAAAUAAUUACAAAGAGAGGCGACGAGAAGCUCAUACCCAAGCUGAACAAAAACGUCGUGAUGCCAUAAAAAAAGGCUAUGAUUGUUUACAAGAUUUAGUUCCAACUUGUCAGCAAACGGAUAGCAGUGGUUAUAAACUAAGCAAGGCGACAGUAUUACAAAAAUCCAUAGAUUACAUACAAUAUUUACUGUUGCAAAAGAAAAAAUUAGAAGAAGAACGAAAUGCUUUACGAAAAGAAGUUGUUGCAUUACGAAUUAUGCAAGCUAAUUAUGAGCAAAUGGUAAAAGCUCAACAAAUUCCAAUGGGUCACGUUGAAACUAGAAUACCCGAUGAAGAAAAAUUUCAAAUGUUUCAGAAUAUUAUCGAUGAAUUGUUUUUUACAUUUUGUAAUAUUAAUGUUAACAAUUUUACUGAACUUUCUGCUUGCGUGUUCAGUUGGCUUGAAGAACACUGUAAACCUCAGACAUUACAAAAUUUAAUAGAAACUGUUCUUGAAAAGGAACCAAAAAGUCAUACGCCUACCUCAUCCGACAAAACUUCACCAUAAAGUAUAUUUCAUUUAUUAAAUUUUAUUUUUUACCAAGUAUCCGAUUAUUAUUGUAAAAUGUUUAAUUAUGUUAAAAUAAAAUAUUUUUAUAAA